AUGCGCUCCCCAGGCAGCACAGCCCAGCAGUUGCAGCAGUUUGGCAGCAAGCACCCACACUCCAGCAGGAUGGACAGACUCAGCAUCGCGUUCAUCCUCACCCUGGCGGUAGCAUCCAUCAGCGCUGAUGAGAAGAGCAAGUGUGUCCUGACAGGAUUUUGGAGCAACAACCUGGGCUCCAACAUGACCAUCAAUUUUGUGAAUGACAAAGGCGAGUUCUCUGGCUUGUAUCACACUGCCGUGACAGCAUCGAACAACGAAAUCAAGAUUUCUCCACUGCAGGGAUCCCAGCAUCUCAAGAACAAGGAGAACCAGCCCACCUUUGGUUUCACUGUCAACUGGAGUUUUUCAGAUUCCACCACCGUCUUCACAGGACAGUGCUUCGUGGAUGAUGAUGGGAAGGAAAUUCUGAGGACCACAUGGCUCCUGAGAGACGAGGUUGGCAACCUCAAGGAGGACUGGAAAGCCACCAGUAUUGGCAGUGACGUGUUCAGCCGGUCCCGGUGA